AUGGUAAACACGAAGUUGGUAGUUGUUGUAUUGAUAGUUUUGCUUAGUGUUGGGCUCUCCUUCGCUGCUAGGUCUCUGAUCUCUCGUGAUGAAGGAGAAGGAAGAGAUGGUGAUGGUGGAGACUCGGGGGCGAACUACAGAUAUGGCCCCGAUUACUGUUCGGGCUAUGGGUAUGGGAGCGGUUCUGGUUAUGGUGGGGCAGUAGGAGGAGGAUAUGGAAGUGGUGGGGGUGGUGGUGGAGGUGGUGGCGGCUCGGGCGAUGGAAGUGGUUCUGGUUACGGUUAUGGGAGUGGCAGUGGUUCUGGUAACGGUUACGGAGCAUUUUUAGGUGGAGGUGGUGGAGGUGGAGGCGGAGGUGGAGGUGGCGGAUGGGCGGGGAGUGGUAGUGGUUAUGGUUCAGGAAGCGGAAGUGGGUCAGGGUAUGGCUAUGGAGGAGCCAUAGGAGGAGGGGGAGGCGGAGGUGGAGGGGGAGGGGGAGCCGGCAACGGUUUUGGCUAUGGUUUUGGUAGUGGUGGUGGCUCAGGGUAUGGUUCUGGAGAUUUCAAUGAUGGAGGUUUUGCUGGUGGUGUUGGAGGUGGAGGAGAAGGAGGUGGUGGUGGUAAAGGUGGCGGUGAUUCUGGCAGUGGCUCUGGCUAUGGCUACGGAUCUGGAUAUGGUGAUGGAGGUGGUUGA